UGUGGUGCGUGCGUCGCUUGUAUUUGUUGUAUACUUUCGGUUAUUUUCAGUUAAUUAAAAUUAUAGUUACAUAAUUUAAUUAGUCGGGUAACUUUACUGUAUAAUAAAUUUGUAUUGAUAGCUAUUGAAAUGGCUACUUUGGAAGAUAAGAUUCUGGGUGAGAAGCUGCACAAUUAUUGCAGUAGUAGUGAAGAUGAGGGCGAUUCGGAUUAUGAAGACAGCAGGAGCGGUGAUGAGGAAGGUAACGCUCCAAAGCCGGAGGGUAGCUCUGCUGAUCCACCUCCUGUGAACAGUUGGAAUGGGACCGCAAGUAAUACGGGCCCGAAGGGUGUGUUGGAAGAUUGGCGGCGUUUCCAAGAGAUGGAAAGAGCCGCAAGACGUGAGAAAGAAAUUGAAAGCUGGGAAUUGGCUAAAAAGCUGACUUUGGCCACUAGAACUGCAGCCGAGGAAGAACAAGCCAAAGAAGUAGAGGCCUUGGAAGAAGAGUGGAAGGAACUGCUUGAUGAAGAGUACCUCAUGAAAUACCAACAACAAAGAAAGCAAGAACUGAUGGAGAAACUACAAAAACUUAAGAAAUUCGGUAAAGUGUUGACUUUAAACAGUAAAGAGGAGUUUUUGGAUGCCAUAGAUCAAGAGGAUCCUACUGUUACUGUUGUUGUUCACAUUUAUAAUCAUAGUGAAGAAGCAUGUCAGACAAUGGACGGCUGUUUGAAAAUUUUGUCCCAAGAACAUCCUGCUGUGAAAUUUUGCCGGAUCCAAGCAGAUAAAACUGGUUUGAGCCGGCAAUUCAAAGUUGAUGGUGUCCCUGCUUUACUGGCAUACAAAGGUGGUGACAUAAUUGGUAACUUUGUUGGGCUGGGCAAAACACUUGGUGAGGACUUCUUUGCCACAGAUGUUGAGGGUUAUCUUGUUUCAUAUGGAAUAUUACCUGAAAAAUACUGAUUCUUUGAAAUUAGUUUAGUCUUCUAGUAUUUGUUUAUAUCUAACUCUACUAGAAGAUUGUUGCCAAAUUUUGCAUUUCAAAACUUGUAUGUAUUUGACAAAAGUCUAGUUGCAGGGGCUUGUAUAGGUUGCAGAGGUCUCAGUAGCUUGGGAAGCAAAAUGCAACCAAGCAAAGAUCCAAGAGAGAAGAGUGCAUAAUAAUAUGAGGCAUUUAUUUCAUAUCUUUCUAGUAAGAUUUAUAAGUAAAGCAAUUUAUUGCAAGUUGAUAGUAAGAAUAAGUUAGACAAUAGUCAUAAUUGUAAACUGCCUUUUAAAAUGGUGUUCAAUAUUAUGAAUUUUUGUAGAUUUUAUAACACAAAUUUUCUUUAUUGGUUGCUUCUGUUGUUAUUGCAACAAUAUUAUAUUCCCUAUGUAUCUGUGUACCUGCUUACUCUUUAAAUAUGUAUAUUAAAAAUAUUUGAAUAAAUUACAUAACAUACAAGGUUUAUAAAUGUUCUGGUGUAUGUUUAUUAACAAAUUUUUAACUACAAACUAACCUUCUUCCCCAUUUUAUAUUGUAUAUUCUCAAUAGUUAGUUCUAAGUCAGAAGCAUGUAGUUAAUCUUGAAAGGUAAUCCCACUUAAUACUUGAGAUAUCAUAAAUGACAUCAGACAGUAGGUUACAUUAUAUUGCAUUGUUUGUAGUGAUUAAGAGGUUAACAUGUUGUGUAUCAAUGAGAUUUUAACCUGAGAAGUCUUCAGUGCCCAAUAAUCUAGAAUUUUUUUGGAAGCAAAAGUAGUAACUAAAGUGUAGUUUUGUUAAUUUUGGAACAUGAAUAGGGUUAAAUAAAAAUUUUUAUUCAUUUUUCAAACUUAUCACCAAUGAUUAAUAGUUUGGUUUGAAUAAUUUUUGUUUUUUUAAUCUAAAUUUAAUUUAAAUCUUAAGUAGGUUAAUUGUAUUUAGGCUAUUAAGAUUUUUUUUUGCAUUUUAAGUACCUAGUUGUAGUACCUAUGUUUAGAAAAAAAUAUUUAUUUUAUUAUUUCAAGAAAAAUUGUUGAAAGUUUGGUUUGCUAGGGUAAAAAAAAUUAAGAAAAGCAGUCUUUAGGUAUUUUAUUAUAGUUUUAUGUUGAUAUAUUAAGAAUAUUUCAACUGGAAAUGAUAAAAAUAGUACUGAAUGUAGUUGAAGGUCGUACAUAAUUAAGUAGAAUAAGGAAAAUGGUUUCCACAUGAUGUCCCACCAAUUAUCUAUUUUUUAUUAGCUGCAAUCUCAAUUAUAAAAUGUUUUCUUUUCCUCAAUAAUGUGUUUUAUUUUUGUCUGUUUUGUUAUAGAGCUAUCUAUAAGAAGUUCUUCAAGUAGGUGAUUUUGUUCUUUAUUUUUGUAACUAUUGUAAUUGUGAAAGCAAAUUCUAUACUUAUAUUAUGAAC